GAUUAUGCCAUCGACAAUUACGGAAGUCUAGUUUUAAAUCAGUCACAAAACAUUACAGGUCGCAUACGACACAGGAUCGCAGCUCUAGAAGAUGCCAAUCCGGGAGAAGUUGUUCUUGUGCGAGCAAGAGUCCACACAACGAGAGCCCAAGGAAGCAAGAUGCUCUUCCUUGCUCUUCGUCAGAGUAUCCAUACAAUUCAAGCACUCGUCGUGGUGAACCCUAGCACCAUAUCAAAGCAAAUGGUGAAAUGGGGCGCUUCGAUACCAAGCGAGGGCAUUGUCCUCGUGGAGGGUGUAGUUCAGAAGCCGGCCGUCCCAGUCGAGAGCACUACGAUUCACGAGCGCGAAAUCCUCGUCUCUAAGCUCCACCUUAUAUCUAGCCCAGAACCUCUUCCUUUUACCCUAGAAGAUGCAGCGCGGAGCGCUGAGGAAUAUGAAGCGAGGGACGCCGAUGGCAACAAACUGUACAACAGUGUUGGCUUGGACACUCGUCUCAACAACCGAGUGCUCGAUCUACGCACACCCAUUAGUCAAGCAAUCUUCAAGAUCCAAUCUAGUGUCACGGCUCUUUUCAGAUCAUAUUUAGAGUCAAAGAAUUUCAUAGAGAUACACACGCCAAAGCUCCAGGCCGCGGCGACGGAAAGUGGCGCUUCCGUAUUUAGAGUUGACUAUUUCAAAGGGAGCGCAUUUCUUGCUCAGAGUCCUCAGCUAGCCAAACAGAUGGCUAUUUCAGCGGAUCUUGAACGUGUUUUUGAAAUUGGGCCGGUCUUCCGGGCUGAGAAUGCAUUUACCCACCGACAUCUCACAGAAUUCACUGGCCUCGAUCUCGAGAUGACUAUAGAGGAGACGUACGAAGAGGUCAUUGACUUACUCGAUGGCUUGCUUGUGCAUAUUUUCAAGAGCCUUCAGCAAAAUUUCUCCAACGAGAUCUCGAUUAUCAACAGACAGUUCCCCGCGGAGCCAUUCCUCUUCCUGGAAAAGACGCCUCGGCUCCAAUGGACUGAGGGUAUUGCGCUCCUUAGAGCGAAUGGCGUUGAAAUCGGAGAUUUCGAGGAUUUGAGCACUGAGCAAGAGAAGAAGCUGGGUGCCCUUGUGAGAGAUAAAUACAAAACGGAUUACUACAUCCUUGACAAAUUCCCCCUGGCGGUCCGCCCGUUCUACACUAUGCCUAACGGAGAUGACCCAAGGUACUCAAACUCUUACGACUUCAUGAUGAGAGGCGAAGAAAUUCUUUCGGGUGCUCAGCGUGUUCACGAUGCGAACUUCCUAGAAGCACGCAUGCGAGAAUGGGGUAUCAAUCCUGAGUCAAUGAAACCCUAUGUUGAUGCCUUCAGAAUGGGCUGUCCCCCUCAUGGAGGUGGCGGUAUUGGGCUCGAGCGCGUGGUCAUGCUGUUCCUCAAGCUAGGAAAUAUUCGAAAUGCCACCUUAUUCCCUCGCGAUCCUAAGCGGCUCGAGCCCUGACAUUCCGGGAGUUGACGUCUGUAGUAGAUAAGCGACAUGAUAAUUCAAGAUUCAGUUUGCACUGGUCCAUCCGCUAACGCCCGACGUCCCAGCGAGUGGGUGCUCUAUUACUAGAAGAGCAAUGCAUUUUUGUCCGGUAAAUUGAAUCACGACUCCACGAAAGAUCGAUCACAAUCAUGCAUGGUUCCGGAAGUCAGGCAGGCCCUGCUUGAGCGAGCAUGUUUCCUCGUACUGCUACGAUCAUGGCUGUUGCCUUCGCAAAGGUGGCGUAGCCUAGGCCGAGUAAAUCGAACCGCUCCCAGCUCUUCAAUGGGGAGAAGAUAUUUUGCAUCUUUGCGCGCGCUCGUAGACGUAAGUUCGACAUAUCUUUAGCCGCUUGGAGAGUGAGGAGGUGCUCGUAACAAGACGUAAACUUGCACCUGAUUGUCACGUACAUACAAGAUGG